AUGACGACUCACCUGAAGCCGCAAAGUCUGGAGACGCUAGACAAGGCCAAACUGUCGCCCCUCACGCCCGAAGUCAUCUCACGGCAGGCGACCAUCAACAUUGGCACCAUUGGCCAUGUAGCGCACGGCAAGUCGACCGUGGUAAAGGCCAUCUCGGGAGUGCAGACUGUCCGCUUCAAAAAUGAACUCGAACGGAACAUCACCAUCAAGCUGGGCUACGCCAACGCAAAAAUCUACAAGUGCGAUGGGCCCAACUGCCCGCGACCUGAUGCGUACUGCUCUGCACCGAGCAACAAAGAGGACGAGUUCAAAUGCGACCGAGCGGAGUGUGCCGGGAAGUACCAGCUCCAGCGACAUGUCUCCUUCGUCGAUUGCCCUGGUCACGACAUUCUCAUGGCCACCAUGUUGAACGGAGCCGCCGUCAUGGACGCCGCGCUGGUGCUGAUCGCCGCCAACGAAUCCUGCCCACAGCCGCAGACCUCUGAGCACCUGGCCGCCGUGGAGAUUAUGCGCCUCAAACACCUCAUCAUUCUGCAGAACAAGAUUGAUCUGGUGAAGGAGACGCAAGCCCGAGCACAGGAGGAGCAGAUUCGCAAGUUCAUCCAGGGCACCGUGGCCGAGGGCUGCCCCAUUAUCCCAAUCAGUGCCCAGUUGAAGUACAAUAUUCACGUCCUCUGCGAGUACAUCACAAAGAAAAUUCCAAUUCCCGAGCGAGACUUUAUCUCCCCGCCACGACUCAUUAUUAUCCGUUCGUUUGAUGUGAACAAGCCCGGUAGCGAGGUGGAGGACAUCAAGGGCGGCGUUGCUGGUGGUUCCAUUCUAAAGGGCGUCCUCACCGUGGGCAUGGAGAUCGAGGUGCGGCCUGGCAUCAUCGACAAGGACGAAAGUGGAAGGAUGCGCUGCUACCCGAUUCGCUCGCGAAUCGUCUCGUUGUACGCCGACCAGAACGAUCUUCAGUACGCAGUGCCGGGUGGGCUGAUCGGCGUCGGCACCAAGAUCGAUCCUAUGCUGACUCGCGGUGAUCGUAUGGUUGGCCAUGUGCUGGGCGCUGUGGGCACACUGCCGGAGAUGUACGUCGAGCUGGAGAUCACCUGCCACCUGCUGCGCCGUUUGCUCGGCGUCCGCACCGAGGGCGACAAGAAGGGCGCCAAGGUGCAGAAGCUGACCAAGGGCGAGGUGCUCAUGUUGAACAUUGGCUCGCUCUCCACCGGAGGCCGCGUGAUGGCCGUGAAGAACGACAUGGCCAAGAUUUCACUCUUCACUCCGGUGUGCAUUGAAAUCGGCGAGAAGAUCGCCCUCAGUCGACGAGUGGACCGCCACUGGCGACUCAUCGGAUGGGCCAACAUUUUGCGAGGCCAAAACACCGUGCCGCUGGAACGUUCUUAA